UGACAAUUGAUCAUUUGACAAUUGGUUUUGUGAUUUUCGUUAAGUGUCGCCGAUUUGUUUAAACAAAUUAAUAUUUAAUUCAAUUGUGUUAGUAUCAACUGAGGAAUAAACUUAACAAUACUUUCCUAAACCAAUAUGAUGGAUUGUGUAGAAGAAAGCAACCAUGAUCCCCUGUCGGUGCCCAUAUCGACACCCUCCAGCGGUGACAUCAAACCGGAAAAGAAGAAACCGAAUGAGAAUGUCUCUCUAGCUGAUAAUAGCUUAAUGGUGGAUAUUUCCGACGCUCUAAGCGAAAAGGAAAAAGUAAAAUUCACUGUUCACACGAAGACAACGCUACCGGAGUUUCAAAAGGCGGAGUUUUUCGUUGUGAGACAGCACGAGGAGUUUGUCUGGCUGCAUGACAGAUACGAGGAGAAUGAAGAGUAUGCUGGUUAUAUUAUACCGCCUGCGCCGCCGAGACCGGACUUCGACGCGUCCCGUGAAAAGUUGCAGCGUCUCGGGGAGGGCGAGGGGGCGCUCACUCGUGAGGAGUUCCUCAAGAUGAAGGAGGAGCUUGAGGAGGAGUAUCUCGCAACGUUCAAGAAGACUGUGGCGAUGCACGAAGUUUUCCUGCAGCGCUUAGCGGCGCACCCUGUGUUCAGAAGUGACGCCCACUUGAGGGUGUUCCUCGAGUACGAGCAGGACUUGUGCGCUAAGCCUCGAGGGAAAAUGGACCUUAUCGGUGGUCUCGUCCGGUCGAUGACGACGACGACGGACGAGAUCUACCUCGGGGCGACGGUGAGGGAUGUGAACGACUUCUUCGAGCAGGAGACGGCGUUCCUGCAGGAGUACUAUUCGCAUUUGAAGGAGGCCGUCGCGAAGGUCGACAGGAUGACCUCCAAACAUAAGGAUGUAGCGGACGCUCACAUCAAACUGUCGUCCUGCAUCACUCAGCUCGCGACGAGGGAACAGCCUUCCACGGAGCGGUUCCUCACGCGAGCGGCCGAGACCUUUGACAAGUGCAGGAAAAUCGAAGGUCGAAUGGCUUCGGACCAGGAUUUGAAGUUGGCGGACACGCUCCGGUAUUACAUGCGGGACGCGCACGCAGCCAAGGCCGUGCUCGUGCGGAGACUGAGGUGUCUAGCCGCAUAUGAAGCAGCCAAUAGGAAUCUAGAAAGAGCGAGGGCCAAAAAUAAGGACGUCCACGCUGCGGAGCAGGCGCAGUCGGACGCGUGCGCGCGCUUCGAGCAGCUGUCUGCGCGCGCGCGGGAAGAACUGCUCGACUUCCGCGUGCGAAGAGUCACCGCUUUCCGUAAGAGUUUGAUAGAUUUGGCGGAACUUGAGAUCAAACACGCGCGCGCCCAGCAGGAGUUGUUCAGGAAAUCCCUACAAGUGCUAAGGGAAUGUCAGUAACGUGAGUGAUGAUAGCGUCGUCAAUGAAAUUAAUUUGUUUAUGUAUUCAAUUCUAUUAAUUAAACCUUAUUUACAUUAAGUAAAAAAAUAGGCUCCGGGUAGUUCGUUGCAACUCAUAACAUGAGUUGUAAAUGUUUCAAUCUGUUACAUGAUUAAAGUUGCCAGGCUCGAAAACGCAAAAGCCGGAUUCUGUCUCAAUUGUCGAAUAUUUGGUCCUAUAAAGCCUGAUAUGUGUAUAAUUUUUUAUAUAUCCUCCAUUGAAAUCAACUAAUACUGACUGUGCGCUUUUUUGUCGUCUAUUUAUUUUAUCGAUAACUACGUCUUAUGUAGUAUUUAGUUUGCUUUCGGCGUUUCAUGGCAUUUGUCGAAAUGUAAGUUAUUAUUUUUUCAAAAAGUAGAGGCAACUGGCAACAUUCACAAUAAUUUGAUUCAACGUCCUCUUGCUAAACGUGUCAGAUUACCGGGAGCCUACUGUAAUUGUUAGGUUAUAUAUUUUUCAAGUCUUUUAACGUGAAAAUGUCAAAUUAUUACUAUAAUAUACCGCGAUUGCUAGUCUCAUAAAAAUGGUCGCCGUGACCGAAAUCUACCAGUAGAACAUCAUCAUCACAAUUUGCUUACAAUCAACUUCCAAUAAGGACUAUCGCGCUUGAUUACACCGCGAGAGGCGCUCGUGUAGAGCGAGGUCUCUAGAAAUGUCAAAUGCUUGCGAGCUUUACAUCGUGUACAGCUUUGUGGAAGCCCGUCUGGGUAGAUACCAUCCAUUUAUCUCAUUUAUCAACAAACAGGCAUACUGGCAAAUGGCUCAGCAUUAACAUGAUGGUAAUUGGUCACAAGCGCUCAGAUAUUGGAACUAUGCCAACCAUGCCUUGCAUCGCCAAUGCGCCACCAACCUUGGUAUCUUGGUUGUUAUAUUAUCUAUGCCUGUAGUUACACUGACUUACUCGCCCUUCACAAACACAAUGAUAGUAAUCAUUGCUGUUUGGCGGUAGAUUAUGUGAUGAAUGGGUUGUACCCAGACGGGCUUGUACACACACACACACCGAAUCUUCAAGCUCAACAAUUGUCAUGACAUUACGUCGCGGGACAGAUACUGUACCAAAUUUGAUGAUAUUUUCUCGUUUCAAGUGAUUUAUAACGUUACUGUUGUAAGAUGUAUUUGAUUUAUUUUUUAGUGAUUUUUUUUUUAGAAGUUCUAAGUAAUUUUUCCUAUCUUUAUUUUGAAUGCCAGUGAAUGGCAACAUCAGAACAAUGCCUUUGGCAAAUUCCAUUGUGUAUUUUAAUAUAUGUACUGAUUAGUAUAUAAUGUAUAUCAAGUUGAUUUAUUUAAGUUUUAAUGUUUAAUAUAAAAAAAAACUUUAUUCAUUAUGUAUAUUAUGUUAUAUAGUCUUUCGGCGAGGAUAUAUAUACGCUUUUUGACAGAUUGAAUUAGUGAUUGCAACAAUGUAAAAUAUCGAUUUCCAUAAUCUGGUUGUCUAAAAUAUAAAUUGAUAUUAAUUUAAUUGAAAAUUAAUAUUUUCAACAUAAAUUACCUUUCACGCUAACCUGAAUAUAGUAUAAUAUUUCACGCGCGGGAUUUGAACGCCCGUUUCCUUUACAGCGUCCUGUGUAAACAACCUUAUCUAAAGAAUUGGUUAGACAGCAGAAACGUUAAAAUUAUUGGUUGAUGUUUAGUGUAUUUGUUAAAAUACUUGUUUUAGCUAUAUAAAGAUUUAUAUAAUUAAAAGAAUAAACAAUUAGUCUGCUUCAGGUAUAAGCUUUUAGUUUUUUUUUCCUAUUUAAUUAGCUUCAUUGAAUUGAUUGAAAAUUUUAAGUGAAAAAUGUUUGUAACACAUUUAUAAAUAUUAAUGAUUAUGAAAUAAAUCGAUUUUAAAUUGUGAACAAUUAAAAACGUCACUAUUUUUAUGUAUUAUUACGGAGAUCGUUUUUGGUUUAAAUUGACGUAACUAUAGAGUAAUGGAUGAAAUGUAAUAACUUGGAAUUUUUUGAUUUAUUGAAAUGAAUAUAUAAAAACAUAUGGCGGUCUUUGCGGCACAGAUUGAGAUCUAUUGAAAUAUCUAAUAUAUUGAUAACAUUAGAUAUUAUUAAGUAUUACAGAUCCACUUGUUUAACAGUUUUAUUAUCGUUUAUCUAAUUUUACCCUCAAUUGAAAUGUAUGGAUGGAAUGGAUUUGAAGCGAUGAUUGUCUGAUUUUUAUUUAUUUUAACUAACAUUGCAUAUAUUGGAUAAAACUCUAAAAUAUUCACAUUCCACCAAAUGGCAUUCAAAUCAAAUCGUUUUUCAUUCAAAUAGACUUUUACAAAUACUUUGGAUAGUCGAGCGUUAGCACCGGUCCGGAAUGCGGUUUCUAACGAAAAGAACCGGCGAGAAACUUGUAUUAGAUCUCGGUAAACCCAGGCAUUGGAGCAGUGCCGUUGAGUAAGAUUGAAAACGUGAUAUUUGAACGAAGUUACCUUCGCUCAACAAGUAAAUGGCAACCUUGAAUCAGUCCUAUCUGUAGAAAAUAAAAAACCGGACAUCAGAUUUUCUUAAAUUUAUUAGUUGAGCCAUUUCGUUUCGUACCCUAUCGUUACGUCAAUGUUAUACGAUAACUUCUAUCUAUUAAUAUAGAUUAUAGGUAUUUCCUGGCCUUACUUAUAAAGGUUUAGUUGAAUUCAUUCUCUCUUUCUCUCAUCACGGAUUUGACAUUCGAAAGAAGAGAUCAGCAUCGUUUAUCUGAUCGCCUGCUAAAAAUUUAUAGGUAACGCGGAUAGUUUUAAUUGUUUUUAAGGCUACGUGUAUAUUAUUACCCGACUACGUAUAAAAUGGGUGUAUCUAUAAGGUGUUUAGUGUAUUUGUUAUAAUCACUUGUUUUAGCUGCAGGGGGGUGAUGAAGUUAUGAUGAUUAUGUAAAUGUUAGGUAAAUGUAUGUAUUAAAGGAAUUUUAUUAUU